AUGAAAGAAAGCUCAGGAAACCCUCUGCACCUCAAGUCUGUGAACCACAUCUCCCUCAUCUGCACCUCCGUCGUACAAUCUAUCAACUUCUAUCAGAACCUUCUCGGCUUCUUCCCCAUCAGGAGGCCAGGAUCAUUUGAUUUUGAUGGGGCAUGGCUAUUUGGAUAUGGAAUUGGAAUUCACUUGCUGCAAGCAGACAACCCUAACAACAUUCCAAGAAAGACAGAAAUUAAUCCCAAAGAUAAUCAUAUAUCAUUCCAGGCAAGAUUUUAUUCUGAGCUCUCUCUUACCCUGUCCUUGUCCUGGCUGUGCCGAAAGGACACAAAAAGACAUUGUGAUAACAUGUAUAGGUGCUUGUUAAUUGUUAAUUGUGAAAGCAUGGGGGCAGUGGAGAAGAAGCUUGAGGAAAUGGAGAUAGAAUACGUGCGUGCAAUGGUAGAGGAAGGUGGGAUUAAAGUGGAUCAGUUGUUUUUUCAUGACCCAGAUGGGUUCAUGAUUGAGAUAUGCAAUUGUGAUAGCCUUCCCGUUAUCCCCUUAGCAGGUGACAUGGUCAGAUCAUGCUCUCGAGUGAACCUUCAGAUGCUUCAACAGAGACAGAUUCACCAAAUUGUGAAGCAAGAGUCAACUUUUCCUUCGGGUCACACCAAAAUUCAAAAUACUAUUGUUUAA